AUGUCAUUCAUCCCGUACCUGAGGAAGCCGCCAACACACAAACACACCGGGAGAGAUCUGCCCACCAAAACACCUUCUUCGACUUCGGUCUCGGACAGUAGUGCUCAUGAAGCUUCGCCGGUGAAGACCUCUUCCAAUACCGAUCCUUUCGGUCCCCGUCAGUGGCAUUCCAAUCUUGUAAAGCUCAGUGGGAAGGAUCGCUCUCUCAAUGAAUUCUCCGUGGAGAGAUUAGGAGAACUGGCAGACCAGAAUCUUGUUAUGCUUCACGGGUAUGGAGCUGGCCUCGGCUUUUUCUACAAAAAUUUCGAAGGCCUAAGUCGUGUACCUGGCUGGAAGGUAUACGCCCUAGAUCUUUUGGGAAUGGGGAGGAGUACUCGGCCUCCGUUUAAGUUGAAAUCGAAAGAUCGUCAAGAAUGCAUCUCAGAGGCGGAAGACUGGUUCAUCGAUUCUCUAGAAGAGUGGCGAAGAAAGCGAAACAUUGAUCGCUUCACAUUGAUGGGCCACAGCCUCGGAGGCUAUAUGGCGGUGGCUUAUGCAUUGAAAUAUCCGGGACACUUGAACAAACUCGUACUUGCGUCUCCAGUUGGCAUUCCGGAGGACCCCUAUGCCGUCACCGCAGAAUUACCAGAGCCACCUGAAUCGACGUUGGCGAACGAAUUUACCCAGGACCAACAAGACGACAUCAAGGACACAACGAACCCAAGGAUACCUGACACGGCAAAGGUAGGCGAUAACAAUAAUUUCCUCAACGCCAGGAAGAGGACCGGUACAGAAGCCGCCGAUGGUGGCCAAGAACCAAAUGCUCCAAGGAAGCCUUUGCCAAAGUGGCUGACGUACCUCUGGGAAGCCAAUAUCUCGCCAUUUGGCCUUGUGCGAUGGACUGGACCAUUAGGACCAUGCUUAGUGUCUGGUUGGACAUCGCGACGAUUCUCUCAUCUGGGGUCUGAAGAAGCCAAAGCACUCCAUACAUACGCGUAUUCACUUUUCCGCCUCAGGGGUAGCGGCGAGUAUGCUCUCUCGUAUAUCCUAGCUCCAGGAGCUUUCGCCCGAAGUCCUCUUAUCAGGCGAAUUGGUGGAGUGGGACGGCAGUACUUGCAGCCAAAUGGUUCGGUUGCUUCCACCGUUGAUUCUGCAAAACGAGAGCGGGAGAAGGGCAUUCCAAUCGUGCUCAUGUAUGGUGAGAACGAUUGGAUGGAUGUCGCGGGCGGAUACGCCGCCGAGCAGAAAUUGAAGGAAGAGAAAGAGCAUGUUCUGAAGGAUAGCCUACCGGAGCAAAGAAGCCAAGAUCGUGGAUCAGCGAAAGUCGUUGUAAUAAAGAAGGCGGGCCAUCAUGUAUAUCUGGAUGGCUGGGAGGAAUUCAAUGAAGUAAUGCGGAAGGAGAUGGAGGAUCUUUCGAGCCUUACAUGA